UCACCAACUAUUAUUCAUCAAAUAGAAAUCAGAAGACAUCAAUACUAAUUGUGGCUUUUUAAAAAAAAAAAUCUCUUCCAUAUAUAGAAAACUUCUAGAACCUUUCUGAGUGGAGGAAAUGCACCUGAGUAAUGGAUCUGUGGUGACUGAGUUUAUUCUACUAGGGUUUUCUGCACCAUGGGAACUUCAGAUCGUCUUCUUUGUGACAUUCUCCUUGAUCUACGGGGCUACCGUGUUGGGAAACAUCCUCAUUAUGGUCACAGUGGCAUGCAGUUCCUCCCUUCACUCUCCCAUGUACUUCCUCCUUGGAAACCUGUCUUUUUUGGACCUGUGUCUCUCCACGGUCACCACACCCAAGAUGAUCAGAGACUUGCUCGCUGAACACAAGACCAUCUCCACAUGGGGCUGCACGGCCCAGAUGUUCUUCAUGCACUUCUUUGGAGGUGCUGAGAUGACUCUUUUGAUAGCCAUGGCUUUUGACAGGUAUGUAGCCAUAUGUAAACCCCUGCACUACAGGACAAUCAUGAGCCACAGGGUGCUGGGAGGGUUUGUUGUGCUUUCAUGGACAACUGGCUUUACACACACCAUGAGUCAGAUGGUAUUAACAGUGAACUUGCCUUUCUGUGGCCCCCACAUCAUUGACAACAUAUUUUGUGACCUUCCCCUUGUGAUUAAGCUUGCCUGUGUGGAAACGUAUACUUUGGAAUUAUUUGUCAUUGCAGACAGUGGACUGCUCUCACUUAUCUGUUUCCUCCUCCUGCUUGUCUCCUACACCGUCAUCCUGGUCACUGUGCAACAAAGAUCAUUUGGAGGGCUCUCCAAGGCUCUGUCCACGCUGUCUGCCCACAUCACUGUGGUCACUCUAUUCUUUGGGCCGUGCAUCUUUAUCUAUGCUUGGCCAUUCAGCAGUUUUGCAGGUAAUAAAAUCCUUGCUGUAUUUUACACUGUUAUCACACCCUUACUGAAUCCUAUUAUUUACACCCUGAGAAAUCAGAAAAUACAAAAGGCCAUGAGAAAAUUACAGUGUCAACAUGUUAGCUCUGCGCAGAACUUCUAGAAUUUAGGACU